AUGAACUCUUUCCUAUUCAAUCGCCAAUUAGGGGCCAUCAGCUCGCAAGCUCUCGCUAAGGCUCAGAACAAUCGCUUGCUCAAAGCUUUACAGGCCACGGAUGUGAGAUUUGCUCUUGAUCAUCAAGAUGGGACGAGACCAGUGAUUGCCACAGCAGGUGGAAGUACGAUUCGAACGAGAGAUGUUGCUCAUGCAGCGGGAGUAAGCAGUAUAGCCAUUGAUCGUUUCGAAGGCAGAUACUUAAUAUCAGCGGGCGCCGACUCUUCUCUCGCAGUCUGGGAUCUAGAAUCGGCGGAAGCAUCUUCGGGUGAAGUACAUACUCAUGUGCCUCUCGAAGUCACUGCUAGGACUUCCACAACUGCUAGUCUGGGAAUCACUCACAUCUCUUUCUACCCUUUCGACUCUCUGGCGCUUUUGACUUCAGGCUACGACCACACUCUCAAACUGUUUUCAUCAGAAACACUCAAGAGUUCUGCUAGUUUCGACCUCGGCUCUGUCAUCUACUCUCAUGCCACUUCUAACAUCGCAUCACAUCUCCUUGUAGCCUGUGCAUCCCAGCAUCCGGCUGUCAGACUCGUGGAUCUUCGAAGUGGCGCAAGCACACAUUCUCUUCCUGGACAUCAUGGAUCUGUUCUCUCCGUGGCGUGGCAUCCCAGAGACGAGCAUGUUUUGGCCAGCAGUGCCACAGACGGUGUUGUGCGGCUAUGGGAUAUUCGAAGAAGCGCUAGUUCGCUUGGAGUGCUAGAUUUGGAGGACAGUAUUGGUGUCGCUGGCUAUGAUGGAAAGGGAACCGGUGCUCGAGGACGCGAACGUGGGAAGUCGCAUAUCGGAGCUGCUAAUGGUAUCGUUUGGACCGAGGAUGGAAGAUACCUACUAUCUAACGGCCACGACGAGAGAAUGAGGAUAUGGGAUGUGCAAACUGGAGCGAACACUCUAGCAAACUUCGGCCCUGGCUUGAAGAACUCAUCCACGACUGCUGUUCUACCGCUCAUUGUCCCAAGCCAUUUGAGCGAGCUUGGAAAAGAAACCAUCUUCUAUCCGAAUCCCAAGGAAAUCCUGGGAUUUGACAUGCAUUCUGGGACGUUACAAAGUCGACUGAGGGUCAAGGGUUUGCCGGGCUCUGAUUCGAAUGCCAGGAGUAUGAAGUCGAGAACGACGGCUUUAGCGUGGAGGGCACAUUCAAUAGAGAUGUAUUCUGCACAUGGGGACGGAACGAUCAGGUGUUGGAGACCGAGGACUAUGGAGGAUGUCGUUGCGGAACAGGAACAGGCUGUUGAGAGGGAUGGACUGGAAGGCGAUGGAGCGGAGAGGAAGAGGAAGAGGGAGGAGUUUGAGCGGGUUGUGCAGGAUCUCACGAAGAAGAAGAUUCUGUUCUCCUGA